AGAAGCAACGUAAACAGAAAGGGCGGUUUAGUUUUCAUCUGCUGUGGUUUACCAGCCCCAACAUUUCUUCAUCUGUGUCUCUCCGCGACCCCAAGACCUUAAAUACAACACAGUUAAGUGUGUUUGUGCUGGGACGCCAUGCUAAAGGUAGCUUCUUGUGACCAGCGGGAAGUUUUGCAGGAGUUAAGAUGAGUUUUGCAGGAGGAGCUGAGCAGGCAUGGGCUCUGUCCGCUGGGGCUUCCGCUGCGGGUCGUGGACACCGAGCAGGUCCGAGUGGCUGUUUGCGGCUCGGUGUGUCCAGCAAGAAGAGAAGGACAGGAUCGGACAGUUUGUCUUCGCUAAGGACGCUAAGUCAGCGAUGGCUGGCCGGCUGCUGCUCAGGAAGUUUGUUUGUGAGAUGAUGGGAAUCCCCUGGUCGCAGAUCAGAUUGAGCAGAUCCCCUCGAGGGAAACCAUAUCUAGCUGCUCCUCUCCAGGUCACUGCUGGUUCUGAUCCAUCCUGGAGUUUCAACAUCUCCCACCAGGGCGACUAUGCUGUGCUUGCUGCACAGCAGGGGGUGCAGGUUGGAGUAGAUGUGAUGAAGACCACACUGCCAGGCAGCAACUCCAUCCCGGAGUUUUUCCGCAUCAUGACUCGUCAGUUUACAGCGCACGAAUGGAGCGCCAUCCAAUCAGCCGGCUCGGAGCGCCAGCAGCUUGCCGCGUUCUACCGCCACUGGACCCUGAAGGAGAGCUUCAUCAAGGCCAUCGGCACAGGUCUGGGUUUCAACCUGCACAGGGCAGAGUUUCACCUGUCGCCCGAGCCGCUCGCACAGGGCACAGUGCUGCGCCAGACCAAGAUGCAUCUGGAUGAGGAACCAGAGGACUUGUGGGUAUUUGAAGAGAGUCUGCUGGACGCUGACCAUCACGUCGCCGUUGCGCUCGGACCAGCAGGCGAGGCCGGCUCCACAGCUCUUCCGCCUCCCGCCGCGUUCACGCUGCUGUCGUUCGGCGAACUCAUCGCCUCGGCCUCGCCGCUGACAGAAGAAGACGCUGCCUACUGGGACGGCUUCAGGAUGAAGGCCGAGGCUCCGCAGAGACAGAGGGAUACAUAGAUAUCUGGCUGACAACCUGUCUCACGCUGACAUUCACCUGCCCAACACACACACACAAACCUUUCAGAAGUGCCAAAGAGGAAACACAAGUUCACUGACAUUGAAGCUGCUUUCUUAUUCCACACAAGUCCAGUCAAGUGCUGUCAAGUUUCUUUGCAGACCUAAAAAUCUGAAGUUUGCCUCCAAGGAAUCGGCACCAUCUAUCUUUAGAGCUCUGCUGAAGAAGGAACGUCUUUCAACUCGCAGAAGCUGUUCAACUUUUCAUGCUGUUUGGAUUUGCGCUGUGCUUUUCUUCCAGUAUUUUUUUUCACCCUGGUGAGGAUCUUUCUUGAAGAGCCGUAUUGAUAUUUGGAAGACAAAUGCAUGAACUUUGACCAAGGUAAAUUAUGGUACAGAAGUGUAGAUAUUUACAUUUCUGACAUCUGAACUCACAGAUGAAAUAUAUAUUUCUACGGGAUAUACAAAUUAAUUUUCCAAGGUGAUCUAAGUAUUAUUUUUUAUUAAUUUGUUUCUUUUUUGUUGCUCUAAUGAUACUGUAUGUUCAUUUGUCAAAAUCUGGCCUAUAAUGUUGCAUUCAAUUAUAAAAUAAUGUUCAUAACAAAGAGUGAUACGUUUCCCUCACUAAGACUCUGGAUAAUAUUGAUGUAAAAUUUCAGUAGAAAUACAGAAACACUUCCACCUUCUUA